GACUAUACUGAGGUUAAGCUGUCAAAUGUGUAAGUUUUAAUCAAGUUCAGAUUUAUUGGCAUUCAACCAUACAGCUAAAUGAAACAUCGUUCCUGUGGGACUAAAUUGUGAAACACAGUAUACUGUAUACAGACACACACAGCAAGUGUAGCUACGAUACAGCACAUAUAGUUACAAUAAAGAAAAAUACAGCCACAAAAUAGGUUAACACGAGUCCAAGAGUGGCAUGGCCUGUAGAUUGAUGAUGCAUGGGAUGUUGUCCUGGAGCCCUGUUUCUGUAAGAAUGAGCACGCAGCAGUCCCUCAUCUCAUGCUCGGUCAGUUGUGGACGAAGGUAUUCUGGUUUGUUAUCGAGGGAGCCGCAUUGAAGCACAAUAUUGAUAGGAGAGACGGCCUGCAUAGGUUAGCCAUUUAACCUAACACAGAUUCCAGAGUGCUCUCUCACACCAUUUCCAGUGCCUCCUCCCUGGUGGCUGUAACAGGUGAAGCUCUGGUGUGAGGGCCUGGGAGACCUGUUUUGUGCAGUAACCCAGGGCAACAAGGCUCUGAUGUCAGUUGCACUAUUAAACUAUUUACAGCAUUUUGUAUUAUUAAUAUACAACAGGGUCUUGCGCUCCUAAGAAAAAAUUCCUUUCACUUUUCCAACUUCACCGUUAAUUCACAAAGUUCGCCAAGUUCCCCCAAUUGUGCAAGUGAGCAGGAAUGUUUCCUGUCAACCAAUGUCAACCUUCCUUUUGUACUUAUAAUUCUUGCUCUUUAGUUUUUGUUUCAUCUUCCAUAAACAGUAGACUGUUAUUCUUUAUUGAGCAAACAACCUCUUGUCAGUUUAAGCCAUAGUUUGAACUGUAGGUUCCGUUUCUGGGGUACUGACAGGGCGCAUUGUUUGGACAAAUGAAGUAGCAAGUCUCAUUCAAAGAUGCCAAGAGAGACGCCGUGGCCUGUGAACAACAAACUGCGGACUGUAAGGCUCUGUUGCUAGGAUACAGGAACAGCAGGACCAGCUGUUGCUGGGAUACUGACAUUAGGACGCCGUUGCCUGGAUACAGGGGGCGGGGUUACUGUGACUAAAGCGAGGAAUGUGGAUAAGCCCCGUUGCUCGGAGACCGGGAAGGGAAAGUGCGUCCUGUUGCCCGGAUACCGGCGCUAGGCCGCGUUGCGGCCUGAGAUCAGCGAUGUUCCCCUCGGGCUCUGUAGGGCUGCAGGGCCCUUGAUUCAGUCCAUUUCGGAGGUCGCAGGCUCGGAGCGGCGGGUUCCCCACAGUCGGCUGCAGGAUGGAUAUGAACAUCAGGCACCUGUUGGCAGAAGCGGCGGUCUGCGGCAGCGAUUUAAGUACGUUGAUGAAAGCUUACAACUUAAUAAAAGUCGCCACUGCAGAGAGAACUGCAUCGGCUAGAAUGGAGAUUCUUACCCCAGAUUUAUAUGUGCAGUGUGCUGAACUGGCUUUGCAGUUUAAACGCGAAGAUAUUAGCCAGGAUUGCUUGAACAUGUAUUUUCAGGGAACAUGCCCUCAAAACCAGUUUUUGUGCAGGGCAUGCCUUUGCCAAGCUCAACUGUAUGCUCCAAAAACUGCUACAAACAUACAUGAACUGAAUAAAGCUUUGCGGUACAUACUUGAGGCCAUACAACAUGCAAGAAAGGAAAAAAGAUACAACUUCCUCAUUUACAAUGCCUCUGUUAUAUAUUGGAUGGUGAUAAGGCUAUUUUUAAAGCCAGGCUUCUAUACCCAUGUGAUCGCAAGUCUUUCUGAAGUAAUAAAAUCAUUGGAAAUAACUAAAGAUUUGGAUUAUGAAUGGAGGGCUCAAUUAAUGAUAGCACUUCUUGAAUGUUAUUUGGAUGAUGGGAAAAUGCAAGAUGCAACAAACUUUUCAAACAGUACUGCAAACUUCAUUAAAUAUAAUGUUCCCCAUAUGUACCCAAAGAUACUUUCUAUUCAGGUAUUUCACAACCUUGUGGAUUUUAACAAAGUCAGUAAAGAGUUGAAAGGGUCCGUCCAUCUGACAGCAAUUUACAAGAUUCAGAGGUUGAAAUCAAAAUUCAAAGAAAAGGAACAUCCAUUAAACCUCACAGUUCAGUUGAAUCAGAUAUAUCAACUCAUAAAAUCAUGUGAAAGCACCUCAACAACAAGUUUUGCUGGCCUGUCAGAUACAGAUCAAAAGUCAGCUACUACCCAGCUGACAAAAAAUGAAAGGCUAUCUUUGCUGUUGGAGUUGGCCCAUUUUGCAUUAGAAGUAAAACAUUCUGAGAUGGCGUCGUACAUUAUUAAUGAACUCAAAAGUCAUGAACCAAAAGAUAAGGCAACAGCAAUAGAAAUUGAGUGUUUGGAAUCGGAAUCUGAAAUACAAAAGCUGGGAACAAAGGCAGAGAAAUGUACCAAGAGCUUUGUAGAGCAAUCCUUGAGAAUAAUUAAACGAAUAGAUCAAGUCCUGCAGAGUGCUGUACGUGAAGGAAAUGGAGAUCUAAUUCAGACUGUUUGUGUGACUCAGUGGAAUCUUUGCCUACCUUUGCUUGAACCUAAUUUGCGAAAGCAUGUAUACAAACCUCUGGUCAAUGUGGCAACAGCUCUUAAUGAUCUCGAUAGUUUGUUGAUUCAGCUCCGUUGUCAAGUUCACAUAGAAGUAGCUCAGAUUGAGGAAGAUGAAAAUCGGAUAGAAUUGGCCUUGGAACAACUUAAAAAGGCACUUCAAGUAAGUGAUAGAGGGCCUUACAAGACUUACAUCAAACAAGCAAUGCACCGUUUGCAGCUGUACUCAUCCGUUUACACGUCUCCAAAACUGCCAGAAGAUCAAGCCAUCCUGAUCAUUGAACAGGUCAAAAGACACAAUAACUUGAAAUGUGGACAAAGCAAUCGAUCUUUAAUGAUUAAGGCUGGAGGAGCUCUUGCUCCUAAUUUUCAAGAGGUUCUGGAUAGUGAAAAUAAAGCCAAAGUUUUUGUAGGCCGUGGUGACACAGGCUUAAUUGGUUUACUUGCUGCCAAAGUUCAGAAUUACAUGAAUUGUAUACAGAAGACCAAAGGUUACUUGGAAAGACUUGAAGAUGCAAAUGAUAAAUUGAGGGUGGGAAUUUGGACUGACUUAGUUAAAGUUGCUCGUAAGCAAGAAGUUUGGGAUGUUUGCCGUGUUGCUUGUCAAUUUUGCCUGCUGUAUGAUGAUGGACGAUGGAAAUCAGAAAAAAGUGGGGAAGGUGAUAAUGCAUCAAGUAUUACUGUUUCUGAUGCUCAAUUAGACAGUAGUCCUAGGAUCUCAUCAUUGUUUUUACAUUCAUCACGCAAAACAUUUUAUUCUAGUGUUGAUGUAAUCAGACUACUUGCUGAUAUACACUUCAUUAAAGGAGAGGCAACAAUUGAGUUGUUAAGAUCAGAGGGUGCACUGUUCAACAACAAGGCAGUUUUCCCAGGAGACAAACAAACUCAUUCUCCAGGCUUUGUAGCCAAAAAUUUAGAGGAAUCUCCAGAAUGGAUUACUUACAGAAACUGGAUAGAUUAUCUGUCCAAUUCUGCCACACAGAGCUUUCUACGAGCUGCAGAACUGGGUGUGCAAUUAAAUGAAGCAAUCAUUGUAUGCAACGCUGCAGUCUAUAUCUGGAAUUAUAAUCACCACCUGUUAGUUGCUGGGAGAUAUAAGGAGCUUGUGAAACCAUUUCAGGCACUUCUUGAUGCAUUGAAGAAGACAGGACACUGUGGGCAAACUGUGCUUUUAGUAAUGCUAUGCAAUGGUCUAUGUCAAGGCUUGAUUCAACCUUGGAUACCAAUUAGCACUGAAAAAAGUGAAUCUGACAAGGGUUCUCCACAUCCUGAUAAGAAAAAGCCACCUGCAAAAAAACUUGACAAAACAAACAUUCCACGGGCUUUGUCUGUUGAUCCUGCAGGUAUUCCUCACUUAAAUGAAGCUCUCCAGAUCUGUGAAUAUGCGUUACGCAUAACAAAUGGAAGAGUGCCCUCUGAUGUUAUUCCUAUUGCUGUGAGGCAUCAGCUUAUAAUCACAUGGGUCAAGAUAAAACAGCUUCUGCAACAACAGAUAGGACUAAAUCUGGGAGGUAAUGAAGAGAUGACAUGGUUGGAGCAAGGACAAGAUGCAGAGGAAGCCCAGCAAAGUAAUGACAGCCAGAGUUCAAUGGUCCAAGUUCUCAUUGCACUGGAGAUGUGUUCAUGCAAUAGCAACAGGCUGAUGAAAUUUACUGUUCCCAGUCUUCUUGAGUUGGAAAAUAAAAUAUCAAGUUGUUCCUGGACUGAUAAAUUGCUGGAGCUGGAGGUAUGGACACGUUUGAUACAACUUGCAUACCUGAAUAAUGAUGACUCCUUCGUAAUGCAGUGUGCCCAGAAAGCAUUUGAAUUGGAAAAAGAUGUUUCUAAAUCUCCUGAUUUUAAGAAGCAUGAAAAGCAUAAUAAUGCAGUUAAGCAUGAAUUGCUAAGUGUUGUUGCCUGUAUCCAAGGACAGAACUUGAUGAAGACAGGAGUUGGAAAUAGUGAAAUGCGUAUUGCUGCAAUCAGAGCAUUUGAAAUGAGUGCAAGUCACGGAGAAAAGGCUGGAUGUAUGAAACUUGUAAUGAAUUCAGCAAAGCACUUCUGGAAUUCUUGCCUGUCUUUGAUACCAUCUAUUGUGGAAAGAACUAUACUUGAAGAGCCUCUUAAAUCUUUCUUAAAGGCCAUUCACAAUACAUACACCAAAAAUAAAAAGGAAGGAGAAAAGGAAGAAAUGUCUCCAUACCCAACAAUUAAACAGCAAAUACAUUAUUCCAUUCAAGAUCAAUUACUGAUACCUAUUGGUGAUGCUGAAGAUGAUCUCAAGUUAAGGGCAGCAAUGUACGGUCUUUUAUUUCACAUUAAUGCAAAUAAAGGAGACUUGAAAGCUGGGUUAAAGGUGUUGGACAAUGCUAUCAGUGAAAUGCCAAAGACAAAGCAGAGGCUGCUUCUUUUCAAGCAUAGAAUUAUGGUAAAUGCCAGGCUUGGUCGCAAUAUCCAGAUGGAUAUGCAGAAGUUAAAUGAUGAAAGUGAAGACCAUAUAUCUUAUAUGUGGCACCGUGUGGCAGUAUUCUCAAAGGACGUAGCAAAUCAAUUAACUUGCUAUCAGAAUUCAAUUGGUGCAUUGAAGAAACCAGAAAGUAACUGGCAGAAGAUUGAAGAAUUGAUUGAAUUUGGUGAAUGGUUGUAUUGCAAUGGAUUUUCUAUCACUGAUGCUCUCUGUCAGUUAGACUGGGCAGUAGAUAUACUUCUGAGUAUGAAACAUUGGGUAAAACCUACAGAGGAUGAAGAAGAGCACGUAAGGAAUGAGGAUAUGCCAAAAAGUGAAAACUUCAUUCCAGUAAAUCAUCAGCUACUGAUAGGAGCACAAAGUAUUGACACUAACCUGACCUUAGCAGACCUGCAGGAUGUGAGACAACUGGAAACACUGGUUAUAGUGCAAACUAUAAUGGCAACAAUUGCAGGCCGUGCUUCAUCCAAGAAACACUGUUUAAUGGCGUAUGCUUAUGUUAUGUGCAUUUGGCAGGUAUCUCUGGCAUCGGCAAGGAUACUCAUUAGGGAGUUAGCUGCUGCAACUCCUCCAAAGACGACUCGUGUAGACACAGGAACCAAAUCAAAUAAAUCAAAGGGCAAGAAAGAGCCAACAUCUGAUGGUCAAGAGAAAUCUCAAUCAAAUCUACCACCUGCAGCUAUGCCAGCUAAUCCAGCAGAAUGGGCUCUUUAUGUUUGUCCCAGUGAAGUUCGAGAGGCCUUCAAAAGAGGCACAAGUAGUUGCCUGAUCAACAAGAAAAAUAUCUUGAAACCUACCUACACUUUAUUCUACAUGGACUUAUUAGUGAAAGAGUUGCAAAGCUUAUCGUAUACACACCUGACACUGCCCAUUCUUCAGCUUGAAGAAUUAAUAGCCAAGGAAGUACUGGAUAACAAGGGUCUCUCUGACUUGUAUCACCUCAGAAUUACCCAGAUAUGUUUAAAGCUGAAUUUGACCCAGGCUGCUCAGUACCAUGAAAAUAUACCAGGAUCAAUGUACAUCUAUGAUACAGAGCAGACUAAAUGCCUGCAAGAGGUUAUUCGACUGAAAGAUCUGCAUUUAGAGACUUCAGAAGAAAGCAUGCCGACUUCAAAUCGAAGCAUAGUAACAACAACAACAACACAAAUAGCCUCUAACAGUGAACUGAACAUGCAAUUUUCUGCGCCUGUGUUAACCAGAAAGAAACUGAGUGAUGUUUGUGUGAUGGAUAUGUGGAUCAAUAAAGCAGAAACCUUACUGCAGCUUGAAUUUCACCAACCUGCCAGAGUUCUGUUAUCAGAGACCUGCAAAUAUGCAAAGGAACUGGAGAACAAAGAAGCUUUGGCAAAUGCCUUUUAUCUUCUGGCAGUUCUAGCUAACCAUGAAAAGAAUUUUGGUCAGGCGAAACAGCUCUUAAAAGAAGCUCAAGACAUUGGAGGAAAUGAAUACUUCUGGUACAAUGUUAUUACUUGUCUAGUGAAUGCAAUUCUUGGAGAGAAUCUCGAAGAUUCGAAGGAGGAGGCUUGUAGGAUCUUAAGACAGGGAAUUGGAGCAUACAAGACUGCUUUAGAAGAGACACCAAAUCGAGCUUCAGUUCUUGAAUUUAUGAUAACUUCAAUGGAAGCCAGGUUGACCUCCAUUGAGAUAGAAUCCAUGAAGGCAUUAGGUGAUAUUAAAUUAAAGAAACCUGACAUUAUGGAAAAGCUGAUUUCUGCUUGUGUUAAAAUGGAACAUUAUUCAAACAUUAUGAUGCAACAUGGAUACAGAGAAGAAUCAGUGGACUUGAUGACUGAACGUGUUGGUACACUAAUCAUCAUCGCUAAAUGUAGUGAAGGAGAGGAGAAAAAACAUGCUCAUCUGUUGGAUGCAUAUGCACUGAUACAAAAGGCCAUCUGGAUUGAAGAAGAUGCUUUCAAUGACGUGAUGAGAUUGUUACCACUCAAAGCGAUGACAGGUGUAAGUUUACCUUUAAUGAGAAAGCUGGCCUCUCUUAAGUUAACUUUUGUACAAUUGGUUUUGGACAUGCUUGAACUAAUUACCGCAAAAGACAAAAAGGAAGCUGAAUCAGCAAAAAGCAAACGAUUGCUACAACUAAUUGUAGAAGAAUUUGUUAGUUACACACCUGAUUACACACCUGUAGAAAAGCAAUGGAUGGCUGUUUCUAAGUCAUUAGGACAAAAAGCUUUGGCUCAGCUUCCGAGUGCAUAUAGCCUCAGCAGCGGCUCUAAAGAGCUUAGAGCAAAAUGCCUGUAUCUAACUGGGAAAUGUCUUCGUUUAUUGGCUGUCCAGAUAGACCCAAUUAAUCCAGGCUUUGUUUGGGUUCAGGACACCCUGGAGAAUAAAAAUGGCCUGUCAAAAGAAGUGAAAUCCAGAGAAGGAAAUGAAACAUUGGAAUCUAACCAUGAGCAUACAGACUUGCAACUCACAACUCAGGACAAAAAUGGACAAGUUGAAUCAAAUCAUGAGCAUUCAGAAGGGCAGCUUUCAGCUCAGCAGCUGGCAAAGUGCAUUGCAAUUGCUAAACAGAUUAAGAAAAAUCGAGCCAUUGCUCAAGUUUACUGUGCUCAUGCCAGUGAAGUUUUGUUACAGUCUAUGAAUCUGGCAUUAAACAGCAAGCUUACUAAAAUCCUUGCAGCAGCCAGCCUCGACAUGGUUGAAUGUUUUGGACAAUUUGACCCAGUUUCUGGGAGUCAAUAUUUAGCAUUACACCAGAGUUGCUUAGCAUCAAUUAUGCUAAGAGAUACCUUGAUCAAGACUGGAUAUGAUACCAGCAGUUCCCAGCUUGUAGCAUUAUUGCAUCUUCAACAAAAACUGGAGAAGGAUGGAACUAUGAAAAAUAUGCUCAAGACAGUUAAUGAAAGGCUUAGCACAAAUUUUGAGGCCUGGAAAAAUACUAUAAUUCAACCACAGCAUCUCAAUUUUUUGAGUGAAUUUCCUUCCAAUUUUAAUAUAAUUGUUCUUCAACAUUCUGAAGACAGAUCUCUGUUGUAUGGAGCACUUCUUGAAAAACCUAAACAAAAAUCCAUUGCUGAGAAAAAGGCAAAAGGACGUCAAAGUCCAGGUCCAGGUCCAACACAAGCUAAAAUUUUUCGUGUGCCUGUAAAUCCACAACUAUUUUCAAGUUUAAUUGCAAAGGUCUCCAAUUAUAAGAAUAAGUUGGCUCAAAAUCUGUUAAAAUUUGAAAACCAAUAUAAUCACAUAAUGCAAAGGAAGAAGAUAUUUCAGAAAUUACAUGAAGAUAUAAAUCCAGAAAUGAAAACAAAACCUACACCGAAAUAUGAGCAUAUGCUUGAUGAAGAUUUCUCUGGUAUUAUCGAAUCAAUGGAAGAAUACUUGAAUCCUCUUUUGUCGCAGUUUAACUUUACAUUUACUCUCCCAGCAACUCCCCUAGUAACAGGAAUGGAUUCAGCGAAAUCAAAACACAAAAAGCAAGAGGAAAAGCCAAUGGGUGGGAAAUCAACUCCAGGUCAGUCUCAAGAUUUAGGAGAAUUUGUAAUCCUGUUGGCUGAUAAACUCUUGUUGGAGCUACCCUUGGAGGCACUGAAAGUUUUCCAGAAAGAAGUAAUCAGCUCGAUCUCAAGAGACUUCUCAUUACAAUUGCUAUACAAUCGGCAGCACAGAAAUGAGUCAGAAACUCCGAACACAAAGGAUGUUAAAGGUGCCAGAGGAGCAGGAAGCCAAAAGAAAAACAUUAAAAUGGUAGCUAUCGAUCGUGUUGUGCCUCCUAGUUGUUUUCCAGUAAAUACUCACAACUUCAGAUAUGUUGUAGAUCCUUAUGAUGAAACCAAUGACUUGGAGUUGUUCAGUCCUGUGAAAGUAGUGACAGGAAUAAUUGAAACAUACAGUUCACAAUUCACAGGGCGCUGGGCAGGAGUUAUGGGAUGUGAGCAUGUUCCUAGUCAUGCAAAAUGGGAAGAGCUGUUAAAAAAUUGCAGUGCAUUCAUCUUUUAUGGAAAGGAACAUUUUCUGGCAAAUUUAUUGCCAUCAAAAAUUGUCUCUAUGAAUUUCCCAGAAUGUCAGUUGGUGAUUCUUCUUGAUCUGGUCCAGACCAGUCAAAGCUACCGACGACAGUCAAUACUAGACAGAGCAAAAAGUGCAUUACAUUUGUCAGCAGAGGGGCAAAUGGAUACAGCAAUACUCCUAAGCCUGACUGGUGUUCGUUCUGUUAUGCUUAAUCAGUGGUAUAGUACACUUCAGGACAAUGCAGUGAAGUUUAAGAAACUGUCAAAAAAUUUGUUGGAACUAGGGAAGACAACUGGUCAAACAAUUCUUGAAAUUGCCAAAACUGGAAGGAGAAACAUUUCUAAAACGGAUACUGAAUUUUCUUCUGAGAAUCCGUUUAUUUCAGGAUCCAGGUUUUCCACCGUGAAUGAUAGACAUCUUGGUUCUAUAUCUGAGGAUUCUAGCGACGAGGCAAGGAAGUAUCACCCAGAAGAAUAUAUGACUCAGCAAAGUGCUUUUAAUUUCAUACUCUAUGGACUGCCAAAUCUUAUUGUCACCUGAGUUGUUACAAAUGAAGUACUAAAUUUCUGAGUAUAUAUUGUUGCAAAUCUUUUAGAAUUUUCAGUGUUAACUUCUAAAAAUACAGAAUUCAAGUAAUUUUAAUAUUUCUGUUAUGCAUUUUAAAAAUAUUUUGGUUGGAUUUAUAAGAUUUCAAUCAGCAGUUCUUAUUUUUAACAAGUUUAUUGUGUGAUUUUAUUUUCCAUAUUGAAUGUUUUGGCCUAAAUUUUCUGGUUAAUGGAAUAUUUCAUAUUCUAUUAUUUAGUAGUUUGAAGCAAUGGUAACAAUUGUGGGAGCAUAGCUAUAUUUUCUCACUGGAUUCUGAAAAAAAAAACAAUAAAUAAAUGAUCAAGUAUUUUGCAUCAGUCUUCUCUGUGGAAGACACUAGCAGUGUGCCAGAAGUUCGAGAGUGUCUGGGAGCAAAUGUGUGUGAACUUGCUGUUACUAGGGAGAAGAAUCUUGGGAAACUGAAAAGUCUGAAGGUAGAUAAGUCACAUGGACUAGUUGGUGUACACCCCAGGGUUCUGAAAGAGGUGGAUAAAGAGAUUGCAGAGAUGUUAGUAAUGAUCUUUCAAGAAUCAAUUGAUUCUGGCGUGGUUGCAGAGGAAUGGAAAAUUACAUAUGUAACUCCACUUUUCAAGAAGGGAGAGAGGCGGAAAGAAAGUAUAAGCCAGUUAGUCUGACCUCAGUGGUUGGGAAGACGUUGGAAUUGAUUGUUAUGGAUGUGGUUUCGGGGUACUUGGAGGCACAUAAUAAAAUAAUCCAUAGUCAGCAUGUUUUCCAUAAGACAUAGGAGCACCAACCUGAUUUUCCUGAUCUACCUGCAUAAUGAAAUCCCCCAUGACUAUCAUAGCAUUCUACUUUGACAUGCAUUUUCUAUCUCCCAUUGUAAUUUGAAGACCACAUCUUCACUCAUGUUUGGGGGUCUGUAAGUAACUUCCAUCAGGGCUUUUUUUUAACCCUUGCAUUUCCUUAGGUCUGCCCACAAUGAUUCAACACCUUCCAAUCCUAUGUCAUCUCUUUCUAAUGAUUUGAUUCCAUUUCUUACCAACAGAGCAAUGCCAUCCCCUCUGCCUUCCUGCCUGUCCUUUCAAUACAAUGUGUGUCCUUGGAUGUUAAGCUCUCAGCAAAAAUCUUCUUUCAGCCAUGACUCAGUGACGCCCACAACUUCAUAGAGGUACAGUCGUACAUGCCAAUCUGUAACUGCGCUACAAGUUCAUCUACCUUAUUCUGUAUACUGUGUGUAUCCAAAUAUAACACCUUCAGUCCUGUAUACACCUUUUUUGAUUUUGCUCAUCUUUUACAUUGUAACUCAUCCUGUUGACUGGAGGUUGAUGACCAGUGGUGUUCCACAUGGGCUGUUCUGGAACCCCUUCUCUCUGUUAUUUUUAUGAACAAUUUGGAUGAGAAAGUGGAAUGGUGGGUUAGUAAAUUUCCAGAUGGUAUGAAUUUUGAUUGUGUUGAGCAUAGAAGUUUGUUGAGGGUUACAACAGGUCAUUUAUUGGAUGCUAAGCUAGGCUGAGAAAAGGCAGAUGGAGGUCAAGUGUGAAGUUAUUUACUUUGGAAGGUCAAAAUUGACCGAUUGUUGCUGGGCGGCACAACCUGAAGGCCCUAUUCUUCACUGUAUCUCUACAUAAAAAAUAAUUUUAAAAAUAAAGAUUAGUAAAGUGAAAUAAAACACUGAGCUGCCUAACUUUUCUAGAGAAGAACAAAUUCAAUUUUUGGAUAUUACCUUAGAGAUGGGAUUGUGGGAUGUGCUAAGGAAAGAGAAAAGUUGAGGAAAAGUUGAUGGAAACCCUGGUAGAGCAGUAUAGAUUUUCAGCAGAUGGAAGAAGUUUGGACAAGGAGGAGAAGGUUUUUGGAAGAGAUGCAGCUAAAACAGGAAGAUAAGUUUAAGGUGAGCACUGAGAAGAGUAAAUGUUAGAAAAAUGGAAUAAGCAGAAGUUAUGAUCGAGAUAGCAACAACAAUGUAGAACAGGUAUGUUUGAUGCCAUACAGAUAAUUACACAGUACUAUCACAGACCUGGGCUUGGAGGCAAACAGGAUGUUAUGAAAGGACUUUAUUGAUAUAAUUGAAAGCUGUCAUAUUUUUGAUUAUCAGUGUUAACAUGCAUAUUAUAAUGUACGGAUAAUGGGACAAAAGAAGGUCACUGUUGGUGGGAAGUGUACAUUGUACAUAAAUAAUGUACAGUAUAAGGGAAUUUUGCUACAUAUGAAAUAAAUAUUUUAGAAGUUCAAUGGGAUUCACAGUGGACAGGAGCGAAGGACAGAUAGGUUUAUGAGCUAAAAGGAGGGGAUUUGGGAAUUGUGAGGAAUUAGUAUGAAAGGAAAGUGAAUAGGAAGGAAGUGGGUGACUCAUCACAUAAUUAGAAGUAACUGAGAUAGCUAGACAGCAGGUAUGGAUUAACUGUCAGUCGAAACUCUGUGUCAGUGUAUAAAAAGAUCUCACCUGCUACUGGGGCCAGAUGUCACCAUGAGAAAACUAUAAUAGUUGGGCCCAGAGUUAAAGCUGAUAAGUGCUGGAAUGCGUGCAGUCACUGCUGAGUUGCAUAUUGGAAUUAUGCUGUUAACUCAUUGAAGGAUCUUCGCAGAACCUGGAGCUGUUCUUUUCCAGCAGGCAAGUUACAAUCAGUCAGGUUUCAAUAUUUAUAAGCAUAACUAUUUGACAGUCAAAGGAUCAUCAUUUAUUUCAGCAAAUAUAAAAUAACUGAAUGCCCAAAUAUCCAAUUUGCAAGCUUAGACAGCUCUCAUACAAGUUAAUUUUGUGGCCAUCAAAGCCCACAAACUGGUUCUGGAUGUUUAUUAUUCAAAGGCAGAUGAAUAAGAUGGUGCCAGCAAAUAACACAGCCUAAGGCAAAGUCCUUCGGACAGCUCACAAAACUACUUCUUUUACUUCUUCUUCAAAUAUAGUUCUGCUACUAUUGGAACCUGUGACUUACAUUUUAAAUUUGUGUUUUCGGGCUGAUUGAGUGAUCUAGUACUCAGAGGGAGUUGGAUGAGGUUUUGAGUGGAGUGUGCACCCUGGAGGCCAAGAAACCUGGAGAUGGAAAGUGAGCCUAGGAGUGAUUCUAUUUCUUGCCACUGCUGCUGAUUGAAGUGUCAAGCAAGAUUGAAGUCAAUGACAAGAAGGCAAGCAGGUGUGCCUGUAUUUGAGCAGUCUAUCUCUCCUUCUCCUUCUUCUCACUCACUGCUGCUGGAGGAAGGUGCCUGCAUGUGACUAUCUCUCUCCCUCUCAUCCAGUGUGGAUUACACUCUGUAGUUCACAUUAUAAUGUGUUUCAGGUUUCUGGUUAUUUUUUUAAAUUUUCAUUUUGCACGAUUUUGAUCAGAGAAGACUGGCUCUGUAGCACGCAGACAACAAACGACACAGCGAUGAACUGAACAUUCCUACACUGUUUCAAUUACUUUAUGGUUUGAUGUUUUAUAUUUCACGUUUUUCACUCUUUUUUUGCAUUUGUGUGUUUUGUUCUAUUUUUUAUGCAUUUGGUGUUUGAUGUUUUUCUUUGAACAGGCUUAAUGCUGCUGUUUUGUGGUUGUCUGUGGGAAGAUGAAUCUCAGUUUUGUA